AGAAACUAGUUUGUUGGCGGCGCCUCGGCGGUACCGCAGCGGCAGCGUUUGGGUUGUGGCGAGCGGCGGCGGGGCCUGCGGAGCUCGCGCGGGCGGCCGGGGGGCGUCUCUGAGGCGGCGGCGGCGGGGAGCGCCUGCGGCGCAUCAGCUUGACAGCCUGGAGAAGAACAGCGCUUCUGGAGAACAGGGAGAAAGAAAUUGACUACCAGCUGGUGCACCAUGUCGGUCAGCGUCCACGAGACCCGCAAGUCGCGGAGCAGCACAGGCUCCAUGAACGUCACCCUCUUCCACAAGGCCUCCCACCCGGACUGUGUGCUGGCCCACCUCAACACGCUACGCAAGCACUGCAUGUUCACCGACGUCACGCUCUGGGCGGGCGACCGUGCCUUCCCCUGUCACCGUGCCGUGCUGGCCGCCUCCAGCCGCUACUUUGAGGCCAUGUUCAGCCAUGGCCUGCGGGAGAGCCGGGACGACACUGUCAACUUCCAGGACAACCUGCACCCAGAGGUGCUGGAGCUGCUGCUGGACUUUGCCUACUCCUCACGCAUCGCCAUCAACGAGGAGAACGCCGAGUCGCUGCUGGAGGCGGGCGACAUGCUGCAGUUCCAUGACGUGCGGGAUGCCGCCGCCGAGUUCCUGGAGAAGAACCUCUUCCCCUCCAACUGCCUGGCCAUGAUGCUGCUCUCGGACGCCCACCAGUGCCGCCGGCUGUACGAGUUCUCAUGGCGCAUGUGCCUGGUGCACUUCGAGACGGUGCGGCAGAGCGAGGACUUCAACAGCCUGUCCAAGGACACGCUGCUGGACCUCAUCUCCAGUGAUGAGCUGGAGACCGAGGACGAGCGGGUGGUCUUCGAGGCCAUCCUCCAGUGGGUGAAGCACGACCUGGAGCCGCGGAAGGCCCACCUGCCCGAGCUCCUCCGCAGCGUGCGGCUGGCGCUGCUGCCGUCAGACUGCCUGCAGGAGGCCGUCUCCAGCGAGGCCCUCCUCAUGGCGGAUGAGCGCACCAAGCUCAUCCUAGACGAGGCCCUGCGCUGCAAGACCAGGAUCCUGCAGAACGACGGCGUGGUCACCAGCCCCUGUGCCCGGCCACGCAAGGCGGGCCACACGCUGCUCAUCCUUGGGGGCCAGACCUUCAUGUGCGACAAGAUCUACCAGGUGGACCACAAGGCCAAAGAGAUCAUCCCCAAGGCUGACCUGCCCAGCCCCCGGAAGGAGUUCAGCGCCUCGGCGAUCGGCUGCAAGGUCUAUGUGACAGGGGGUAGGGGCUCCGAGAACGGGGUCUCCAAGGACGUCUGGGUGUACGACACUGUACAUGAGGAGUGGUCCAAGGCGGCGCCCAUGCUGAUUGCCCGCUUUGGCCACGGCUCAGCUGAGCUGGAGAACUGCUUGUAUGUGGUAGGGGGACACACGUCCCUGGCAGGUGUCUUCCCGGCCUCACCUUCGGUCUCCCUGAAGCAAGUGGAGAAAUACGACCCUGGGGCCAACAAGUGGAUGAUGGUGGCCCCCUUGAGGGAUGGCGUCAGCAAUGCUGCAGUGGUGAGUGCCAAGCUGAAGCUCUUUGUUUUUGGAGGAACCAGCAUCCACCGGGACAUGGUGUCCAAAGUCCAGUGCUAUGACCCCUCAGAGAACAGGUGGAUGAUCAAGGCUGAGUGCCCCCAGCCUUGGCGGUACACAGCCGCCGCUGUCCUGGGCAGCCAGAUCUUCAUCAUGGGGGGUGACACGGAAUUCACGGCUGCCUCGGCCUACCGCUUUGACUGUGAGACCAACCAGUGGACACGGAUUGGGGACAUGACCGCCAAGCGCAUGUCCUGCCACGCCCUGGCUUCCGGCAACAAGCUCUAUGUGGUCGGGGGCUACUUUGGGACCCAGAGGUGUAAGACCCUGGACUGCUAUGACCCCACUUCAGAUACAUGGAACUGCAUUACCACGGUGCCCUACUCACUCAUCCCCACAGCCUUUGUCAGCACCUGGAAGCACCUGCCUGCGUGAGGAGCCCUGCCGAGCCCAGCCAGACUGCGGCCCUCAGUGUCACAACGUGGCCUUGGCUUGUCUGCCACAGCGGGAGCUCAGCCAGCCCUGGGCCAGCACUCCGAGAGGUGGAAGGGGCUCCGCCACCUCUGGGGAGCAGCAGCCUUCAGCUGUUCUGAGCUUGAGGCAAGAGAAGAGAAGCAUCUCUUGCAUCUGUGCUCCCGGGGGCCUUUUCAGCUUUGCAGUGGUUCGUGGGAAGAGAUUCCUCCCAGAGGGGCAUAGACUGCCACCAGGACUGACCCUGGCCUCGCAGAGAAGGACACUUGCAAGCCUUGAGAUUACCUUUUUGGCAGGUCCUGGACUGGGGCCGGGCAAGGAGGAGCCCUGCAUGGGCUUCAGGGCCCGCGGCACUGCCGGCACAGCCCGCUCCUCCCGGCCCACCCUGCUGGGGCUGGAUUACCAUCUGUAGAUGGUGUCCCAGGCAUGGGAAACCAGGUCUCAGGUUGAGACCAGAAAGGUGAUGAGAAGAGAACCCGGGACAGAUUUUAUAAGGGGCAGAAAUUCUGCAGGGGGCCUCAGUGACGUCCACAAGGCCUUAUUAGCAAGGGACACCCAGACCUCCAAGGUCUGCAGAGCCCUCCCACAAAGCUGUAAGUCCCAGCCCACCCACUCAGGGCCUUGACCAGUGUCGUGGCCCGGUGGGGACACAUGCUCGUGCCCACUCACCGGAGCUGGGCCUGUGGCAGAGUCAAGGUUCCAAGUACCCUCGGGGACCUCCCCUCAGAGCCCACCCUGAGAGGCAGCAGUGACUCCCAUCGCUGCUGCCAGCAGCACUGGGGGCUCCUUCUCAGCAGACCGCGCCAAGACCAGGAGCAGCUGCAAGUUGGAGACAGCAGAGAGACCCUAGGGUGUGCCCUGCAGAUGGCACGAGGGCCACAUCCGUCUCGUGUGGAGGACAGUGGCGGCCUCAUCCUCCUCUUUGGUCUUGGGCCCUGUCUGCUCCCUGAGCUCCAGGAUAAGAACGGCCCCGAGAGACCUGCCGAACACUCUUCAUUGCUGUCACCUCCUCAGUCACUGGGGUCCCUCACACCUGGGCCGUGGGGAGGUUGGCGCCUGUCAGUGACUAUCCUCACGCCUCUUGUCUACUCCAAGCCACCAUUUGAGGGGGCGGAGGUGUUGGUGUCCUGGCAGGGGGCUGGGCAGGGUGUCCACACCUGUGGCUUCUCAGGCAUCUGCAGUGUGAACACUGCUUGGCUGGCUCAGGAUUAGGGCAGCAGUGGGGGCUGUGCCAGAAAGCAGUUACUUAAGCAGCCCCGACUGUCCCCAUGCCUUGGUGUGGGUCCUGGAGGCCUCUUGGGGAGUGGGACCUUUGGGCAGGGUUUGCCCACUGAUGCACUUCUGCUGUGGGGCGCAGGUUACGUGGGACCCUUGGACCCUAUAGACCCAGCAGACCCCACCUGAAGACCCUUGGCUGUGGUCCCAGGGCAUGGCUCUGCUG